UCGUUGCUCAAUGAUAUAAACAACUUCAGAGUUGUUGAUAAAAGCAUUGAUCUCUGCCUCGGAAAUAAUGGAAAUAGAUGGUCCAAUUCUAGCUCUGUUUGCCUGCCUUCUUUUCUUCAAGCCCUACGAGGUGCUGACCGCAACAGUUAUAGUAUUGGGUAUGAAACUGUUCUUCAUUUACAGCGGUCAACUUUCAAGGCAACGCACAGUUGGCCCACCUUCAGAAUAUGUACGGGUGGCUCGGAAACCAAUAGAAUUGAAGCUUUCCAUAGACAAGAGGAGGAACCGAGUUGUAUUUGCAGAGUGCAAUAAAGAUUUUGUAAAUGUGUUGCUUAGCUUUCUGACAUUACCAAUGGGAACAAUUAUAAGACUAGCUGAUAAGAAAUCGGGAAUUGGAUGUAUGGAUGACUUGUAUAAGAGUGUAGAAUAUUUUGAUGAAGAAUACUUUUGGACAAAAGCUGGCAAGACCAUGUUGCUUCAUCCAAGAAGUGCUUAUGGACUACAAUGCAAUAGCUUACUUGGGAAGAUUGAUGAGAUAGAUUAUUCUGUGCUUUACACUUGCAGAAGCACUCCAUGCUUGGACAGCCGUCAUGGAUUAUUCAGUAUGGUUAAGAAUUCUAUUUGUGCUUGUGGACAAUCCAUGGACAAUGAAAUUUUCAAGGUGAAUGGAGUUAAGAAUAUUCGUGGGGGUUUUAUCAAUAAUGAAAUUGAUAGGUAUAUUGUACGUGAUGAUUUGAAGGUACUACCGGCAUCAAUAGAUAAUACUCUUUCCUGGUUUCGAAAACGAAAAAUCAAAGAUAGCACUGAUGUUAAGAUAAAGAUUGUUAAUGUUGGUCGCAAUGAGGUUUUGCAGCUGCUUCUUCGUUGGUUAAUCUCCAAGACGCCCCUAACUGAUGUGUUUUUGGUCAAUAAUAGGAAUAUUGAUUCAAAUUCAUUAUCCAUGCCUUACAAAUAUCUAAGAGAGCAGAAUUCCAUCUCUAGAAAAAUGAGAUUGAAACUAUGGUUUAGCAAAAGCACAAAGAAUGUACUAUGCAUUGAAGCAGAAGAAGCUGCUUUUGUUGACUAUAUAUUCUCCUUUCUCACCUUUCCUAUAGGUGCCAUCAUAAAUCUGCUAAACGGGAAUUCUUCCAUGGGAAGUGCAGAUAAGUUGUACCGCAGUGCGGCGAAGUUGAUUGAAAUGCAAAUUAUUUCUAUGGAAUCUAAGGAAACACUGCUUAGUCCAAAGCUUGAAAGCAUGUUUGGUUUCGGUAACCAAUUGCUCCCAGUGGAGGAAAAGAUAGUUCCAGCGCCUUUAACAUUUGAUAACAAAAACUGUUUUUGUUAUCUGCAGAACAAACCAUGCUUCCACUUCAUGCCGAAACUCCAAAUAAUGAAUCCCAAAUAUCCUAACAUGACAACAACCGGUGGUGGUUUCGUGAAAGGAUGUCGACUUUUGGUCACUGACAAACUUGAAAUUAAGCCCCUUUCAAUCGUCUCCAACAUGCAAAAGCUUGAUGGUAUUCCCUUUGAUGACAUGGAAUACAUGUAUGUUUCUGUGGGAGAAGAGGAGGCUCUAAAUCUCCUUCAAGCAUCUCUUAUCUCCAAAAAUGUUCUGAGCCAUGCUUUCAGUGCCAAGGUGAUUAACAGAGGCUGAUUGUAUUUCCAGCUGGAGAAAGAAAACUUUUUUUGACAAUGCCAUCUCACAUGUAACAAAUUUCUAAAAGAUUUGCAUAAUUUCCGAUAUAGUUUUAUCAGUAAACCAGAUAUUCCCAAUCUUGGUUGUGUUUCCUUUGAGGACACGAAAUUCAUGACUGUUAAAGUGGGAGAAGGGGAGGUAAAUUUCAUAGAAAACCAAACAACAUCGAAAAAGGCAACUAUUUUUUGUAUCUCUUUCCUUGGCUUGUUAUAUUUUUUAUGAUGAAAUCUGUGGGGGAAAAAAUUCCCAUCAAAAACAUUAAAAAGCUCAGCUCUUUGCUGUGCAUUCUUUAUCACAAUUUGCAUAAGAUUGGUAUAUGAUGAUGAUA